CACACACCACACGGAAACGCACUGAGAAUACAGCAAAUCGUUCUCUUUCCGCCAUUAAAACUCCUUCCUUCCUAAUAAGAACUUUUUCUAAACCCCCAAAUCAGCAAAAAUAGGGUUAAUCCAAGAACCCCACCUUAGUAAUUCCACUGAGGAGGAGGAGGAUUCGAGUUCCUGCUUUGGUCUAAGGAAGAAGAGCAGCAGAAACCGCAAGGACAAGAAACCGAAGAUGACUCAGAGUCAAACCAACGACGGAGCUGCCUCGACGGUUGAAGCAGCUGCUCCUCCUCAGCCUCAGCCUCAGCCUCAGUCUCAGCCUCAGUCUCAGGCGCCUCAGCAGAGCAACGAGAUGGUUAUGCACACGGGGAGUUUGAGUUUUAGUAGCCAUAUGUCGAGAGAAGACGAAGAGAUGACUCGUUCUGCUCUUUCUGCGUUUAGAGCUAAAGAAGAGGAGAUUGAGAAGAGGAGGAUGGAGGUUCGUGAACGGAUCCAGGCUCAGUUGGGUCGGGUCGAACAAGAAACCAAACGUCUCUCUACUAUUCGUGAGGAGCUUGAGUCUAUGGCAGAUCCCAUGAGGAAAGAAGUUUCUGUAGUUCGUAAGAAGAUUGAUAGCGUUAACAAAGAACUCAAACCUUUAGGUUCCACUGUUCAAAAGAAGGAAAGGGAGUACAAAGAAGCACUUGAUACAUUCAACGAGAAGAACAGGGAGAAAGUACAGCUGAUCACCAAACUCAUGGAGAUGGAACAGUUGGUAGGAGAAAGCGAGAAGCUGAGGAUGAUUAAGCUGGAGGAGCUGAGCAAGAGCAUAGAAACCGCAUGAUAUGUGUGUGUGUGUUCCAAGAACUAAUUGGUUCUUUUUGUGUGAUGUACCUAGUUUUUUAAAUUUCCAUCUUGUAAGAUGUGUGUAUUUUUAAGGUUUUGUGGGGGUGCUUUUGAAGGGGUUUGAUUUUGUAAAAUUUGUGGCUUCUCUUUUUUUUGAUUAACCAAAUUAGGGGAUAUGGGAUAAUCUGGGAGAUUCUUAGGAUACUGAAACAAACUCAUCACAGUGGAUUGAAUUUUUUUUUUUUUGUAAUCUGUAUUAUGUUUGCAUUUGUCUUUUGAAGAAUUAAUUUAUUUUAUU